CCUUUCGCGUGUACCACCCUCCACCGCAUCCUCCCUGAACCCUCUGGCUGAGGCUGACGACUCUGGGAGGCAGCUCGGACACUCAUAACAAUCAUAACAACGAGCCCUCGCGAGUAACUCGCGGCCCACCUCCGCGCAUAGACCACUCCCAUCGGACCGCCUCCGUUUCCCCCACCAAGGAAACUUGGUGUUACCCCAGUGCUGAGGCGGGAGAGUGUCGACGCCGGGUUUGUCUUCCCUCGACUCUACUCGGGGGGCCACUACGCAGCCAGACUGCGAGCCGUGAGGGUAGAGGUCCGAGUAUUCGCACGGUGAUACACGCGCCGAGCAACGUGCACGUUCGACCACGCCGCUCAUUUUCCACUUCGUAUCAUCGAUUCAGAGGAAUCCAACGGCAAGAAGAAAGAAACUACCUAGUCAUUGAAGAAGAAGAAGAAUAUUAUCGACAGAAUUAAAGAUUAUCUCUUCGAAGGUUCGAGGGAUCAAAGGAUCAACUUCAUAGGAAGAAGACGAAGAAGAAUAAGAAGAAUAAGAAGAAGAAGAAGAAGAAUAAGCCAAGAGGAAAGUAGAAGAAGAAGAAGACAAUUUUCUUUUCUACGUGCUCCACCGACCGAUCACACACCGUUGUCUCACUUUUUUCACGCUGAUAUUUCUAUUAUUGUGUGUGUGUUGUUAUCAUUCAUCGUUUGUAUCAUCGAAGAAAACGAUUUGUUGGCAACUGAUCGGGAAAAGAGUUUUAACCGGUUGAAAUAAUUCGCGAUUACGGGGUGAAAAGAACGAGUGCGCGAAAUAGAGAACGAACAGGAGAGCAGGGACGUCCAGGUGGUGCGCGUCCGACGCGUUCUCGACCUAUAGAGACGCACGUGGGACGGACCUACGGAACGUGCGAGAAAGAAAGAAAGAAAGAAGAUAAAAAAGAAAGAAAAGGAUUAGUUGCCGAGAUUACUAGUAGGAACUUGGUGAUUUUUGUGCGGACUGGUGAGACCAAUCGAUUUGUGUUCGGACGCCUUUUACUACUUUGGACUUCCCGUUUUGUUGAUUACCCUAUACAUUUAAAAUAGAACUUAAACUUGGACUGACAGGUGUGAACAAAGUUUACUUACAUCAAGAAGAUAAUUGUGUUACGCUCAAAAUUGCAAGUGAAAUCGCGAAGUGACGAUAAACUUGAGGAUUCUUAUUCCUUCUCUCUCUCUCUCUCUCUCUCUCUCUCUCUCUCUCUCUUUCUCUCUUUUCUUACUCUUUCCCUUUCUUACUCACGCAUUCGCAAGUCUAACAAGCGACUCCUAAUUAUCGUUGGCAGUGCGCAAUUACGACGAGCGCGUGACGCCACGAGACGGGACACGUCAGUGUUUUUCUGCUUCAAAAUUAUACGUUUUCGUUCAGAACGUUUCAAAUCGUCGUCGCAAGUCGUCUUCGUUGUUGUCGUCGUCCUCGUUCUCGUCGUCGUCGUCGUCGUCGUCGGCUUCGUAGUAGUAAUCAUUGUCACUGUUGUGGAUAUGAACGGGCACGCACGCUGUGCUGUACAAAUAGAAUAAUUAAAAGCGCAUUACGUUUCGCUACGAUCAUUUUGUCUUCUUAUAUAUAUAUAUACAUCUAUUUUUUUUUGUUCUUUACGAGUUUAGCGAGAAAAGCCACACACCGGUAUAGGGGACAAAAAUUUCUUGGAAGCGUUGAUCGUCUAUCUCACUUAAUCAGAAGUGACUAGUGCAAGCUGAUUAAACCGCUGACUUAUUGUAUAUCGUUGGUCACGUGAGAUCGACUAAUUUCCACUAAUUAAUUAUACCAGUUAAUUAAACGUGCCGUUAGAACAGGCUGAUGUCACGAGACUUGAAGAUUUUCUCGAAUCGUUUAUUCCUCGACGUCGGUCCACCACCGACCGCGAGAUUCGCGAAGAAGGAUUCCAUUGAUCGUACGAGCGCCGUCGAAGGCUCGUGAAGAAGAAAAAGAAGAAGAAGAAGAGGAUAAAGAAAAGAUAACGUGAAUUGUAAGAGGAAAGGAUCGAAUUCCUUUUCGAUCAUCUUUACCCGCAUCGUGGGAGAGAUAAAUAACGGAGGCUCGUCCAACUCACGUCAGGACGACGUCCCACGUAGAGCGGUCGCAGCUCAGUUUAGAUUACGAGUCCCCGGCAUGCAAGGCUGACAUGGCGGAGGGUUCGGCCGAGGAGGAACAGAGCAGUACCGCUGCGCCCGCUUCCCCUCCAGCUGAUCUUCGCACUCUGAACACCCAAUUGUCGCCGCCUUAUCACCAUCAACCCCAUCUCCAGGCACCGCGUCUUCAGCAUUUGCAGCAUCCCAACAUGUUGGCCACCGCCGUACCGCCUAGGCACAGCCACAGCAUGCUGUCUCAUCAGGUGAAAACGGAAGCCGAGUUGGACGCGUCCUACGACGUGCCAUUGAAUCUCAAGAGCGAGAAGACACGCAGCCAGCGAAUCGUGCGACUCUACUCCGGACAUAACAUUUUCGAGGAAAGAAAGAGAGAGAGAGAGAAGGGCAAAAGAGGAGGGAAGAGGGUUGCGUCGGUACUAAGUCCAUGGCUCCGUACAGAUAGCGACAGGAGUAGCGCUGGAAGUCCAGAACCAGCAACAGGCGCGAUGCACGAACACCAAAUGAUGUUGGAAGAUAUCAAAAAUUCACGAAAAAGACGACGGACUCCGUCUCCUGAGAAUUUGCAUCAAGCUAAACGCGCGGCUGUACCGCAAGCACACAUUAAUGGAACCAUGGCUGCGAUGGUUACUCUUCAAAAUUUACAAAAUUUAGAAAAUCUACAAAAUUUGGAGAGUCCCGAAUCGGCGACAGGAUCGUUGCACGAGCAUCAAAUGAUGAUGGACGAUGUAAAAAAUUCUCGGAAGAGACUGCGAAGCCCGUCGCCGGAAAAUCUUCAUCAGGCGAAACGAGCGGCGGUGGCGCAAGCUCAUCUCAAUGGAACUAUGGCCGGUAUGGUGACAUUACAAAACCUUCAAAAUCUAGCUAAUCUUCAGAAUCUUCCGCAAGUUGCAUCAUUGGCUGCCGGUCUUCAAGGAAUGACAGCAGGAUUAAGCAACAAUCAGCUGAUCAAUACUCCUUUGAAUCUCACCGUUAGCUCAUCCGGAGGUACUGCGCCAACAGCAUCGAGUACAACAGCAGGACCACAUCUUUUGCCACCGAGUCCAGCGCCAAUGGUGACGUUACCUCAGCUAUUGUCUCAACCACAACCAGUGGCAAUGCCACAGUUCAUCCUAAUGUCCGGUCAAUUGGUUCAGGGUCUUCAAGGAGCCCAACUUUUAAUCCCUACUUCUCAAGGUAUAGCAACGCAAACUAUAUUGACCAUUCCCGUAAACCACGUUACGAAUAAUCAAAUGGUCAACUUGGCACUAAGCAAUGGUCAAGUAGUUUCUACGACGUUGGCAAAUCUUCAAUCGAUCGCCCAACCUCAAAAUAUGUUGAACACGCCAACGAGCAACGUUCCGACAAGUCCGAGUCUGGCAUCGGGAUUAGGCUUGAAUCCCGCAGCACUGCCUCACCUUUUGAGCAACAGUUCGGCGAGCCAGCAGCUUCUGAAUGCAAUGCAACCCCAGCAGCUGCUUCAGGCAGCUCAAGCGGCACAAGCUCAGGCAGCGCAAGCCGUCCAAGCUGCCCAGGCUUCUCAACAACCACUUCUCACAACGUCACCGCAACAGCACGGCCAUCGACAUGGCUCGCACAUGAAUCAUUACACGCCACCAGAAAAGCAUCACAGAGAAAGACCGGAACAGUCGUCGCCUUUGAACGAAUCUGUAGUCUCCGCAGCCUCUGCUCUAAACAGAUUGACGUCUAGCAAUGGUGAGAUUACCAUCACGACGACGCACGGUCCUAGUGGAACUGGAGGAAUAAAGGCCUCGCCAAGUACUAUGCACAGUCCCAAGGAGGAAGAAGAUGAUCUUCUUAACGACUCUCCGAAUCAACCGACAAUCAACGAAGCCACGAACAACGUCGUAGAUGGUAUCAACCUUGACGAGAUCAAGGAGUUUGCGAAAGUUUUUAAGCUUCGUAGACUUUCCUUGGGCCUAACGCAGACCCAAGUUGGUCAAGCCCUUAGCGUUACCGAAGGUCCUGCUUAUAGUCAGAGUGCCAUAUGCCGUGCCCUGGCUACCCAGAUGUACGCUGCCUCGCAGAUUGUGUCACAGCAGCAAGCUACAUUCGAAAAGCUGGACAUCACGCCUAAAAGUGCGCAAAAAAUCAAGCCAGUUCUGGAAAGGUGGAUGAAGGAAGCCGAGGAAAGUGCGCGUGAUUGCAGGUACAAGAGCGGAGUGAAUCAUCUCACGGACUUCAUCGGAGUCGAACCAACCAAAAAGAGGAAGAGACGGACGUCCUUCACACCUCAGGCUUUGGAAUUGCUCAACGCUCAUUUCGAUAGAAAUACUCAUCCCAACGGUACCGAGAUUACAACGCUAGCACAUCGUUUAGGAUACGACAGAGAAGUGAUUAGAAUUUGGUUCUGCAAUAAAAGACAAUCGUUAAAGAAUACAGCGAGAAUGAUGAAGGGGAUCGAGUAAAUCGACGUUGAUCGAUGAUCAUCUAUGGAAAUAAUCAGCGAGAAAGAUGAAGAUGAAGAAGAAGAAGAAGAAUAAGAAGAAAGAAGAGAAGAAGAAGAAGAAGAAGAUGAAGAUGAAGAAGAAGAAAAUGAAGAUGAAGAGAUGAAGAUGAAGAAUCGCUUCGAGGAUGUUGUUUCGAUGUCUCUGAGAACGAAGCUAGUUUGAAUUUCAAGGAUCGUUAAAGCUUUUGCGAGAACAAAUUUGCGCGGAAGGAUUAUAGAGGAAUGAAUUUAUUAUUCUUUACAAAAAGAAAAAAAAGAGAUGAUAUCCCGAUCGAGUGAUCGAUCCCUUCUAGACAUUUUUAUUCUCAAAAAGAUAACGAAGUACUUUUAUAAUCGUUCAGUUUCGUUCAUCGUGUCAAUGAUCGAUAAAGUGUGAUAUUAUUUAAAAAAUUCUUUGAAGACUGUAUACACAUCGAUCUUUACGAUCUUCUUUAGGUCCAUCUUUUCCACGAGGAACAAACGAAACACAAAAUCGCAGCGUCAUCUAAUCGAUCAUGCCCAUGAAACGAUCGAAACUGAACGAAAUGCGCAGCGAAAAGUGAAAGAAAACAAAUAAAAUAAAUUAAAAUAAAAUAAAAUAAAAUAAAAAACUAUAAGAGACUAUAAGUCCCUCGGGGCAAUGUGAUCGCAGAGAGUAUACGAAAGAUCUAAUCUGUAAAUUAGCUUUUAUAGUCCUGCUCGUGUGAACAUUUUCGAAAGUUAAACAGAGAAAUGAAGCGAAAGAUAUAUUAUUACUUUUCGUUUAAUAUUUUUCUUUUUUUUCCGUUUUUUCUUCUUCUUUUUUUUGUUAAUAAAACAACUCGAAGGAUCUACUUUUCCUUUUUUCUCGAAUUCUCGUCUUAGAAAAGAGAUCUUUAUUACCAACCUAUGAUAAUUCUCAUUUAAAUUAUCAUAUGUUGGUAAUACUCUGCGAAUCGGUUAAUUAAAUCGUGUUACCAAUCGAAAUAAGAUUAUCUUCCUGGUUCUCGUCAAAAUCGAUUUCCCAUAAAAAGAACUUGGAAUAGGUUGUUGACAUGUUCCAUGGGGAAAAUAAGAAACCGAGCACGACUUUUAUAUGUUUCGAAUAAAUUGUAAAUAAAAAAGAAAAAAAAAAGAAUAAAAGAGAGAGAGAGAGAGAGAGAGAGAGAGAACGCUGUACCAGAACUUAAGUUAGGGAUUUAAAAUCGUUAAAUCGAUUCGAUUGAAUAUUUUAAAAUAUCCUAGAGGAGAAACAAAAAAGAAACAAAAAAAAAUGAAUAAAGAUUAAUAAAUACGACUGUUAUUAUUACUUGACUAACCGGAUGCAAUAACGCUUUCUAAGAUAUUCAAUCUUGAUGAGAAACCAGGGAAGAGAAUCCCGAUCCCAAUAACGAAUUCAAUCAUUCAUUGGUAUACAAAAAGAGGAAAAAGUAAAUACCUUCGAUGUUCUCAAUGUACCAUACGAAAGGUUUUACAUGGUUUUACAUAGCGAAUUAACUAAUGCAAUAUAACGCGAAAUAUGCGAUAUACGUUGAAAGUAUAAAAGACGCGUAAAAAAGAGAGAAAAAAAAAGAAAGAAAAAACGAAAAAGAAGAAGGAAGAAGAAAUAAAGAAAAUAAUAGAGCGACCAAAUGGACGUUUAACACACCUCGCUUCUCAAACUUGUGACAUGUAAGGUUUAAAGAUUUGCGCAAAAUAAAAAUGAAAAAAAAAGAUACAAUAAAACUAGUCCGCGAUCGUUUCAAAUUAAAAUGAUAAUGAGAUAACAAAUCAUUCAAACGCGAUCUCGUUUCUCAAAAGCCACAUACGAAUACACGCGCGUUUACGCACACGCCCACACACAUACACACACACACACACACACAAAUUUUCUAAUUUUUUAUUUGUAUAUUGAAACGUGAAUACGGAAACGAGACUGGUCAUUGUUUAUAAGAAUAAUUUUUCAAUUUGUUUAAAUUAUAGCAUUAAUAAUCCUUGCUUCGUGUACUUACCCCUCUAACUGGAACGAAGCGUUCGCAAGACAUCAUUCGCGUAUGUAUUAUUAGAAACUGCAGGAUUCUACACGCUCAAAUUAAAUAUAUGUCUCAUACAUACGUACGUAUAUAGUAAUCGAUGCAACUUCUUUCGAGAUAUCGUUUAUUAUUAUUAUAAUCUCUCCCGAAAAAAAAUAUGAACAUCAUUAUUAAAUUUGUGUAUCGAAUUUUUAAAUAAAUAUUAAAAUAUAAUACGAUAUGUGAGGAGAGAGGGGAGAAAAAAUGGGAACGAGAUCGAAAGCUUUAAAAAAAAAAAAAAAAUAAA